AUGGAGAAGGAGAAGACGGUCGUUCUGUACCCGGGGCUUUCCGUCAGCCACUUCGUCCCGAUGAUGCAGCUCGCGGGUACCCUCCUCGACCACGGCUACGCUGUCAUCGUCACGCUCAUCGAUCCCAGCGUCAAGGAGGACAUCGCCUUCGGCGCCGUCGUCGCCCGCCUCGCCGCCUCCAUGCCGUCCGUCCGCUUCCACACGCUCCCGGCCGUGGAGGACCCGCCCAAGCUGACCCACGACGGGCAGUUCAUGCUCAGGUACCUUGACCUCGUCAGCCGCUACAACGAGCGCCUCCACGACUUCCUCUGCUCCAUGCGCCACCGGCGCGUCCACGCCGUGGUUGUUGACUCUGUGUCCAACGAGGCGCUCGUCGUCACCAAGAGGCUCGGGUUCCCUAGCUACACCUUGUUCACCUCCAGUGCCGCCACCUUUGUCGCCUUCGCCCAGCUCCCUACGGUCCUCGCAGAGGGCGGCCCGAGCUUCAAGGAGCUGGGAGACACCCAUCUCGAGCUCUUCGGCCUUCCGCCCAUGCCGGCUUCGCAUCUGUUGGGCGAGGUGCUCGAGGACCCGGAGAGCGACACAUACAAGGCGAUGAUGGCCUUGCUCUGCCGGAUGCCGGAGGCCGACGGCACGCUGGUGAAUACGUUCGAGUCGUUGGAGGCUCGGGCCGUGGCUACUCUCAAGGACCCGCGGUGUGUCCCCGGCUGGGUAUUGCCUCCGGUGUACUGCGUCGGUCCAUUUGUCGGCAGCAUCGCCGAUGCCGAGGCAAAAGAGCGGCACGAGGAGAUCGCCGUCGGCCUCGACAAGUCCGGCCACUGCUUCUUGUGGGUUGUGCGAGCCCCCGCCAGCGACGACCCGGAGAAGCCACACGACCCCAGUGCCAACCCGGACCUCGACACGCUCCUGCCGGACGGUUUCAUGGAGCGAACCAACGGCCGUGGCCUCGUCGUCAAGCUGUGGGCGCCACAGGUGGACGUCCUCCGCCACAGGGCCACGGGGGCGUUCGUGACGCACUGCGGGUGGAAUUCGGUGCUGGAGGGCGUCACGGCGGGCGUGCCGAUGCUGUGCUGGCCGCUCUACUCGGAGCAGAAGAUGAACAAGGUGCACAUGAUGGGGGACAUGGGGGUCGCCACGGAGAUGGUCGGGUGGCAGCAGGGGCUGGUCAAGGCCGGCGAGGUAGAGGCCAAGGUAAGGCUUGUGAUGGAGUCUGAGGAGGGUAGAGAGCUCAGAGCGCGGGCGGCGGUGCACAAGGAAGCCGCGGCCGCGGCUUGCGACGAUGGCGGGACGUCGCGCUUGGCGUUUGCCCAGUUCCUGGCGGACGUGGCAAGCCGGCAGGAUCGGGCUUUGCAGUGA